AUGCAACGUGAAAUUGACGAAUUGAAAAGAGAGUUGCGUCACUCACGACAAAGAUGUUCCCCACCCAGCUCCGAGCCUUCCUCCGAAGAGAUAGAUGGUGCUAGUUAUAAACGAAGAUCUAGAACUCCGCCCAGUGAGACUUUUUCCUAUGAAGAGGAGUAUCACUAUCGACGUAGGUACAAAAGUCAGCCUCGCAGAGGCUUGGGGAAUAACGCCAUGAACAAAGCAUUAAGCCAAGUUUCCAAAUCACCCUUCACAAGUAAUAUAGAGGAUGCGAAUCUUCCUCGGCGAUUUCAUCAGCCUACAUUCACCUUGUACAAUGGUCGAACAAACCCAGUAGAACACGUUAGUCAUUUCAGCCAAAUGAUGGCUAUCUACUCCAGAGAUGAAGUUUUGAUGUGUAAGGUCUUUCCAUCAAGUUUAGGCCUGGUGGCGAUGAGAUGGUUCAACGGUUUAAGGGCUAAUUCUAUUGAUUCCUUCAAGAAACUUACCCGGGCUUUUGGCCCUCACUUUAUUACCUGCAGUACGGUUCCUCGGCCUUUGGGGUCUUUGUUGUCUAUGUCCAUGCGAGAGGGUGAGACUCUUAAGACAUAUUCUGAUAGAUACUGGGAAAUGUUUAAUGAGAUAGAGGGAGAGCAUGACGAUGUGGCUAUAAGAACUUUCAAGGCCGGUCUUAUAGCCGAGCAUGAUUUGAGGAAAUCUUUAACUGGUAAACCUGUCACUAGUGUACAGCAAUUGAUGGAUCAGAUUGAUAAGUACAGAAUAGUAGAAGAAGACCAACUGUAG